GGCGCGUCCCAGGUUGGCAGCUGCCGGCUGAGCCCGCGGCUACAGCGGCGGUGGCCAGAGCCGGAUGCUCGCGAGCUCCGUGCGGCUCGAGCCGUUUUCCUCGCUGGUGCAGCGCCAACUCGCCCCCGCCGGAGAGGGAGACCUCGCGGCUCUCUGCUCGAGAACUCCGGUGUCUCAGCCUCGGGGCUCCUCGGGAGAAAGCCAAGUGCCCCCAGGUGAAGCCGGCGUCCCAGAACGGCCCCGGAACGCCUGCCGCCAGCUUGCACCUUUUAGGAACCGCGACCGCCGAGCGUUUUCCAGCGCCUGCAACGCAGGGCGCGCGGGGAGAGUGGGGUCCACUCCGUGGGAAGGGGCGACAAGGACACCGAUGAUGGACGCACAGACCUGGCGCGCGGGCUGUUGCUGUCUCCUCCUUCUGGCUGUUGCUGGGGCUACUCGGAGCGAGGGCGUGCAGAGCUGCGAAGAAGUUCGGAAACUUUUCCAGUGGCGCCUGGUGGGAGCUGUCAAGGGGCUGCCGGAUUCGCCGCGGGCAGGACCCGAUCUUCAGGUUUGCAUAUCCAAAAAACCUACAUGUUGCACCAGGAAGAUGGAGGAGAGGUACCAGAUUGCAGCUCGCCACGAUAUGCAGCAAGUGCUUCAAACGUCCAGCUCGACGCUAAAGUUUCUAAUAUCGCGAAAUGCUGCGGCUUUUCAAGAAGCCCUUCAAACUCUCAUCAGACAAGCAGAGAAUUACACCAGCAUUCUGUUCUGCAACACCUACAGGAACAUAGCCCUAGAGGCUGCAGCCUCAGUUCAGGAGUUGUUCACUGAUGUGGGGCUCUAUUUAUUUGGUGCGGAUGUUAAUCCUGAAGAGUUCAUAAACAGAUUCUUUGACAGUCUUUUCCCUCUCGUUUACAAUCACCUCAUUAAUCCUGGCAUGACAGACAGUUCCCUGGAAUACUCAGAAUGCAUCCGGACGGCCCGCCGGGAUGUUAGUCCAUUUGGUAAUAUUCCCAAAAGAGUAAUGGGGCAGAUGGGGAGAUCACUGCUGCCUAGCCGCACAUUUCUGCAGGCGCUGAAUCUGGGCAUCGAAGUCAUCAAUACCACAGACCAUCUGCACGUCUCCAAAGAGUGCAGCAGAGCCCUCCUGAGGAUGCAGUACUGCCCUCUCUGCCAGGGCCUGACUCUCAGUAAGCCUUGCAUGGGGUACUGCCUCAACGUCGUGAGAGGCUGCCUGGCACACACGGCAGAGCUGAAUCCGCACUGGCAUGCCUACAUCCGGUCCUUGGAGGAACUAUCGGACGCCAUGCACGGAACAUACGACAUUGAACAUGUGCUCCUGAACUUCCACGUGCUUGUUAACGACGCUGUGAUGCAGGCUCACCUCAAUGGACAGAAGUUAUCAGAACAGGUCAGUAAGAUUUGUGGCCGUCUAAUCAGAACACCUACACAAAGCCCCCGUUGUUCUUUUGAUGGAAGCAAAGAGAAGCAUGGGAUGAAGAUCUCUCCCAGAAACGAUGAAGAGACACUUGCCAACAGAAGAAAAGAAUUUAUCAACAGUCUUCGACUAUACAGGACGUUCUAUGGAGGCCUGGCUGAUGAGCUUUGUGUUAACGAAUUAGCCGCUGCUGAUGGGCUGCCGUGCUGGAAUGGGGAAGAUAUAGUAAAAAGCUAUGCUCAGCGUGUGGUUGGAAAUGGAAUCAAAGCCCAAUCUGGAAAUCCCGAAGUCAAAGUCAGAGGAACUGAUCCUGUGAUAAAUCAAAUUAUUGAUAAACUGAAGCACGUUAUUCAGUUGUUACAGGGUAGGUCACCCAAACCCGACAAGUGGGAGCUCCAGAUGGGCAGUGGUGGUGGCAUGGUUGAACAGGUCAGCGGGGACUGUGAUGAUGAAGAUGGUUGUGGUGGAUCAGGAAGUGGAGAAGUCAAGAGGACACUAAAAAUCACAGACUGGAUGCCAGAAGAGAUGAACCUCAGUGACGUAAAGCAGAUCCAUCAGACAGGCCGAGGUAGUACUUUAGAUACAACAGGAGCAGGAUGUUCAGCAGCGACUGAAUCUACCACAUUUAUGCUGAUGGGUGUGGUAAUGUUACUUCCUUGGCUUUGGUAACUGAACUCUUCUACCCUGAUAUACCUGUCUUACUGGAGUCUUGAUUUCUCCCGUCUUCACCUGACUGGAAUAUGAAAUCUUUUCGAAUGUAACAAUUAUAUUUACAAAAAACUAUGUCACACUAACUUCUUAUAAGCCAAGUGGGAAUGUUCACAGAGUAU